AUGAAAUUUCUUUCCGAAGAAUCCUUGCUAGACGCCUAUUCAAGUGUUCAUCAAAAUCCUUGCUCAGCUACAUUGGCCAACCUGACCCAAUUUACCACUCCAUCUUCUCUCGUUUCCAUGAUUACAGGUGAAUUCUCUUCUUCUUCGUCCGAAAAUCCAAAACACAAUUCUCCAUCAUCACGAUAUGAUCAUAUCUUCCGUCCAUCCCUCACGAGUACAACAACAACAACUAUAGAUCCAACUAAUAAUCAUCCAUUGAUGAUUGAACCACAAUAUGGACUUUCAACAACAACACUUCAUCAAAAAGAAAGCUUAAAGAAAGAUCUUUCAGUACGGAACGAUGAUGAUGAAUCUUUUCUCUUGGGAUCCUCCUCUUGUUCAUUAAAGUCCAAUAACAAUGAUCAACCGUUCAGUGGUAGUAACAGUACACUUCUUACCAGAAAUGAUAAAGACGCUGAACAAUAUACAAAUAAGGAAAAUUUCAAACAUUCCAAUACGAGCAAGAUGAACACAACAACCAACAAAUUGUUAGUAUCACCAAAAGAUAAUGUACUGAGGAGGAAUGCACCAAGAACACCUCAUAAAUCAUUAUCAUCAUUAUCAUCACCAUUACUUUCAACAACACCAAAAUCUUCCAAAGCUUUCAUUCAAUCUCCUCAAAGUCAUGACUCAUUUUCAUCACCACAACCAGAACGAUCGCCAUUGUUGGAUUCCAAUCAAAAACGUCGCAGACCUCGUCAAUCUUCUCUUUCCUCUCCAAUGGCCAAACUUGAUUUAAAAACACCACCUUCUUCCAUUCGAAAUCAAUCUUCUCUAAAGACUUGUUCUUUGACCCUUGCAUGCUCAUCACCAUGUAUGUCAUCAGAAUCAUCUAAGAAACGAAAGAAUAUACCAACAGCAUCCACGAGUAGUGGUUUCAAUUUUAAUGACAUUUUCACACCACCUGCAGUGAAAAAAAAGAAAAUUCCAGAUGAACAAUUGGUAAAUGUUUUGGUUGGAGAAGAAGAGCAAGUCGAAGAUCAUUUAGAAACAUCCAUGUUCAUGCUAGAUUUAUUUAAAACACCACCACCUGUGACUACUAGGAACAAAUCUAAAGCGACGGAAUUAUUUGAAGAGUCUGAUGGCAUUUUGAAAUGUGUCGUGUCCAAUCUGACAAGUGGCACUUUGGAAAGUUGUGAAAAUGCUCCAUCGAUUUUUGAAAAAGAGGAUGGCGAAGUGGUUACCACAUUCCUAUCCACACGAAACAAGAUGAAAUCAUCCAUUCCAGUUGAAGAAGUAGAUUCCACAGAUGGAGAGUCUUGUCGAUAA